AGCAUAAUUUAUUAUAAAAAACUGAAUAAGUGUUGGAUGCAAGAUGCCUCUUAUAUAUUAUCAGAUGGGACAGUGGCACAGACAUCAAAACUUCAACUGGAAAUAAAAAACAUUUUAAAUCGAAUAGAUCAGACAAUCCCUAAAAAUAAUAUUACAAUCAAAGCAAAAGCAACCAGUGCUAAAGACAGCAAUGUUUUCCUAAGAAAUCCAAAGAGCAGCUAUUGUGUUGGAGAUCAUUUAAUAGUACGAGUUGAAAUGUUUGACUACCAGGGAAAUCAGAAGACAUAUGGAGGGGACUUUUUAAGAGCAAGAAUGUUUACAUCAGAGCUUGGAGCAGCAUCUUCUGGUAAAAUUGAGGACUUUUAUAAUGGGACUUAUCAUGUCCAUUUUACUUUGUUCUGGGAAGGUAAAGUAAAUAUCUCUAUAUUUCUAAUGCAUCCUAGUGAAGGAUCAUCAGCUCUUUGGAACUUCAGAAACAAAUGGCAUGGAUAUGUAGACCAUAUGGGUAAAUAUACCAAACAUCAAGAAGUACAAGAGGUAGAAUGUGGAUUUGAACGCAUGAAAACGCAAGAGCUUUGUGAAUAUAAAGACGAGCGAGAUGAAGAAUAUUUUUACUGUGCCAAACCUCAGAAUUUUAGCUGUGAAUCGCUUACUGAUGUAAAGGGCUGGAUGAAGCAGAAGACACUUUUCACGGAGUUCGAGUAUAGUUUAUUUAACACGUCUAACAUCAGAGUGAAAAUUCCAAAAGACUUUGACGCUAUCAAUGUGUUAUCCUGCAACAACAGUACUACUGAUAUAAAAAAAAAAUGCACAUUUGGAAUGAAGUUAGAAUAUCCCAGUGGAUAUGUCAUGAAGAACGUAUGGUAUCCGAAGGCAUGCAGUAUGCUGAAAUAUGAUCAUUUGGAAAAACUUGGCGAAUGCAUGCAAGGGAAGUUCAUCUACCUGUUUGGUGAUUCAUCUAUAAGAAUGUGGAUACUGUAUUUUCAGAGAUAUUUGAAAACAUUGACACAAUUCCACCUUUAUGAAGACAAUUGGGCACGUCAAAUUUUAAGUUUGGACAUGAAAAGGAAUAUGAUGAUAUCUUGGAAAAGGCACACCUUUCCAUUUCUUGGUAGCUCAUAUCAGUCCUGGAAGGAGGAGCGCACUAUUGCACGAGAAAUUGACCUAAUUGGAGGUGAUCAGCGUACUGUGAUUGCACUAACUAUAGGGGCACAUUUUAAAGCAUACCCCAUUUUUCACUUCAUUAGACGGCUCCUUAAUAUACGACGUGCUAUUGAACGCCUCUUUCUUAGAAGUCCACAAACCAAAGUUAUUAUUAAGACAGAAAAUACAAGCGCAAUGAAAAAAAACAUUGAAACCAUGAGUGAUUUUCAUGCUUCUGUUCAUUAUUCAAUAAUGGAAAUAAUUUUCAGUGACCUCAAUGUUGGUUUUGUCAAUGGAUGGGAUAUGACCAAUGCAUUUGACUCCAAUGACGUUCACCCCCCAGAAACAGUAGUUAGAAAUGAAGUUCAAAUGCUUAUGACCUACAUUUGUUAG